UGCAUUUCAUGUUCUCUGCUGCACCUAACCUCAAAUUAUAAUUCGUGCUUUUCUUAAAUAAACGUCAAGUUCAUUUUUAGAUAGUUUUUAGUGUGUGUUACGAGUGCAAUAUGAGGACAAUUUUUUUUUUAAACAUCCCUAAGUAUUUUACUCGUGUUUAGUGAUAUCACCGCGCGAUGGUCGUGUCAUAAUCAAAGAUUUUUCAUUCAUUCCGAGAAGAAAAAUUCUAGUUUUAUUGCCUAAAUUUUAAAUUAUGGAUUCCAGUAAGAAAUUUGAUAACCCCAGUCCAGAAGAAAAGGCGAAUUAUUGUUCACAGUUGUUUUUUUGUUGGGUAUUACCCUUUUUCAAAUACGGAUACAAUAAGGACUUGGAAGUAAAGGACAUCUACAACAGCGUCAAAGACGAUUUAUCUGGCCCGCUGGGAGAUGCCUUAGAAAAGAAUUGGAAUGAAGAAAUAAGAAAGGCCCAGAACAAUAAGUCCAAGAAAGAGCUCAAACCCAGUUUGCAGAGAGCCAUAUUCAAGACUUUUGCAAAGAGCUACUUCGGUUAUGGCGUUUUUCUGUUUCUUCAAAGUGUCGUUAUCAAAAUGCUCCUGCCUAUAGUCCUCGCCAGAUUCAUCAAAUUUUAUGACAAAGCGGCGACGAAACAGCCUAUAGAAGUGGGGUGGGCCUUAGGAAUUGGAGUAGUGGGAUUAUGUUUCCUCAACAUUGUAAUUAUGCACUACUGUCAGAUGGGCAUCCAAAGGGUUGGUAUGAGGGUUCGGAUAGCAGCCUGUUCUCUCAUUUACAGAAAGUUAUUGAAACUCAAUCAGCAAUCGUCGGGGCAAACUGCCGCCGGUAAACUGGUGAAUUUAUUGUCAAACGACGUUAUACGUUUUGACAUGGCGUCGUGGUUCCUGCAUUAUAUUUGGAUCAUGCCCAUACAAACUGCUAUAGCGCUUUACAUUAUGUACAGUUACAUUGGAUGGGCAGCGUUGCCAGCAUUAGGUGCCAUAACUUUACAAGCAGUUCCUCUACAAGGGUAUCUUUCGAGUCUUCAGGGCACUUUGCGGGCUAAAAUCGCCCAACUGACAGACAAUCGGGUGAAACUAAUGAGCGAAAUUACAUCCGGCAUCCAAGUAAUUAAGAUGUAUGCGUGGGAAAAGCCAUUUGAGAAAAUCGUCGAAGUCGCGAGAAAAAACGAAAUCGAUGUGGUGACGAAAACUUCUUACUUGAAAGGCUUCUCCUUAGCUUUGAUGCUGUUUACCGAAAGGGCCACUUUGUACAUAGCUGUGAUAACUUUCGUGCUUACUAAUAACAAUAUUACCGGUGAAGUCGUGUUUUCUAUGGCGCAGUUAUUGAACACCGUACAACUUUACAUGUCAAUAUUUUUUCCACUGGCCCUAUCGACCUAUGCCGAAAUGAAGGUGUCUAUGGAACGGUUAGAAGAUUUUUUGUUUUUGGAAGAAAACAAGGACGUAAUUAAAUUUGAAGAUGAAAUUCCGAAAAAAACCGGCGCUAUCAAACUAAGUAAUGUCAGUGCCAGUUGGUUGGCAAAUCCGAUCGUCGAAAGCCUCAUCGGCAUUAGUUUUGAAUUAAAGCCCGGUACUUUGUGUUGUAUCGUGGGCUCGGUCGGAUCGGGAAAGAGCUCCUUGCUGCAGGUUCUUCUUAAAGAACUGCCCAUUAGUUCGGGAACCAUGGAAGUAUGCGGACGCGUAUCGUACUCAUCGCAAGAACCGUGGUUGUUUGUCUCGAACGUGCGCCAGAAUAUUUUGUUUGGUGCCCCAUACGUAAGAGCCAGGUACAAGGAAGUGGUGCGCGCUUGCGCAUUGGAACGGGACUUUCAACAGCUGAGCCACGGGGAUAAGACGCUUGUAGGUGAACGUGGUACCGCCCUUAGCGGCGGGCAGAGGGCGCGCGUUGCUCUCGCACGCGCGGUCUACCGCGAGGCUGACAUCUACCUCCUCGACGAUCCGUUAUCUGCGGUGGACGCUCACGUGGGCAAGCAUUUGUUUAGGGGCUGCGUGCAGGGCUUCCUCAGAGGUAAAACGCGGAUACUCGUAACUCAUCAGGUGCAGUUCCUAAAGGGCGCCGACAUCAUUAUAGUUAUGAACAAUGGUAAAAUUGAGAAAAUGGGAACGUAUAAAGAUCUCUCCGAACACGAAUUAUCCGCUUUGUCAAAAGAAAUAGAGCAACAGCAGGAAAGGCAAGAACAGGAAGCAAAAAAAGAACCCACCCCCGAGAUUGAAAAGAGGGAUAUUAGUGUCUUGCAAUCCAUUUCUUCAGUCGCCAGUUCCAUUUUUGGUGAAGAGCCCGAAGAAACGGAAGAAUUGCUCGAGAAAGGUUCUUUGGCGAAGGAUACCUACUUGGAAUAUUACAAAGCCGGAGCAUCAGUACUCAACCUUUUGUUUUUGUUGUUCUUGCUGGCGAUUGCCCAAGUGACUUGUAACGCCGUCGAUAUGUGGGUGACUCAUUGGACCAAUAUGGAAGAAAGAAAAUUUAAUAGCACAAACCGGUUACAUGUCGGAAACGACAAUAUUACAGAGACAACGAUAGAUCCAGUAUAUCAAUCCUCAAAUUUUUCUGAACCCAACAGUACUGCCGGGCAACUACCUCUAAGUAUUCAAGAUGAUGACUUUUCACAGAACACUUAUAUUUACGUUUACACAGCGCUAAUUAUUGCUUCAAUUAUAUUGACAACAAUCAGAUCGAUUUUGUUUAUGAAAAUAUGUAUGAAUGCCUCCAAAGGUCUCCACAAUAAGAUGUUCAGUUGCGUACUGAAGGCGCCUAUGCAUUUUUUCGAUACCAACCCUUCCGGACGUAUCCUAAACAGGUUUUCCAAGGACAUGGGUACGGUGGACGAAAUGCUGCCCAAAUGUUUGCUGGAGACAUUACAAAUAUUUUUCAUUAUGUGCGGUAUAUUGGGCAUGGUGUUUAUCGUGAGUCCCUGGAUGAUUGCACCGGCGGUGGUUUUGGGAGCGUUAUUCUGGUACGCCAGGGUGAUUUAUUUGGCAUCAGGUCAGGAUAUCAAAAGGCUGGAAGGUACUACAAGAGCUCCGGUUUUCUCCCACGUCUCGGCCUCUUUAUAUGGAUUAUCAACAAUCCGGGCCUUCAACGCACAAGAUAUAGUUGUUAACGAAUUUGACGUUUUGCAGGAUCAGCACACGGGAACUUGGUUCUUGUUCGGCGCUAUCAGUGAAUCUCUGGGCUUCUACUUGGACGUCAUCAGUACAAUAUUUUUAGCAUUGGUGACUUUUCAGUUUUUAAUUUUCGGAGACGAAAACACGCUGAGCGGCAACGUGGGCCUUGUCAUAUCGCAAACUCUCGUUUUGACUGGGAUGUUGCAAUAUGGCGUCCGACAAUCAGCGGAAGUGGCAUCAAAUAUGACAAGUGUUGAAAGAGUACUCCAAUAUACUAAACUCGACGAAGAAGGUCCUUGGGACCCAAUGCCAAGCGAUAGACCGCCUAUAGGAUGGCCGCAACAAGGUUCCCUUCUCUUCCGGCAUGCAUUUUUGAGGUACGCCUCAGAAGCGCCACCUGCUUUACGAAAUUUGAACAUUCAGAUCGAGUCAGGGCAAAAAAUUGGUGUGGUUGGUCGAACAGGGGCAGGUAAGUCUUCGUUGGUCGCUGCCUUAUUCCGUUUGGCCCCUGUCGACGGUCUUGUCGAAUUAGAUGGUCAAAAUACGGGUCGAGUUGGCUUGAAGAACUUGCGAUCGUCGAUAUCCAUCAUACCGCAACAGCCUACCCUCUUUUCGGCCACAAUGAGGUACAAUUUGGAUCCCUUUGGUAAACAUCCAGACGAUGUUUUGUGGGAAGCUCUAGACCGGGUUGAACUAAGAUCACACGUUUCUAAUUUGGACAUGCCUGUUAGUGAGGGUGGCGGAAACUUUAGCGCUGGUCAGAGACAGUUGAUAUGUUUAGCACGUGCCAUUGUCAGAAAUAAUAAAGUAUUGGUAAUGGAUGAGGCGACAGCUAAUGUUGAUCCCAACACUGACUCGCUUAUACAGAAGACGAUGAGGGACUGUUUCAAAGAUUGUACAGUCAUAACAAUUGCACACAGAUUGAACACAAUAAUGGAUUAUGACAAGGUCUUAGUAAUGGAAGGCGGUCAGGGUGUGGAGUUCGCACCACCUCACAUACUCUUGCAGGAUGUGAACAGCUAUUUUGCGAAAAUGGUGGCCCAAACUGGUGCAAAUAUGGAGGCUAAACUCAAGGCCAUCGCGGAAGAUACCUUUGAGAAAAACAACAAAGAUUACGAGUGUGUUAGCGACAUUAAGGAAAAUGCGCAAAACAAUGUAAGUGAUGCAUAAUCAGCUGGACCUGUUUUGAAUAGGCAUUUUUGUAAUCUCCAAGUUCUAUCAACUCAUCGAGCUUUAAAAUAGUCAAACCAAAGGUGAUUUUUAAAUUAGCAGUUCAUUAUUAUUGUGAGAAUUGUGUUACAUGCUGACACAAUGAAGUAAAGUGACUUAAGUAUUUUUACACAUUUUAAAUAAGAAACAUGAAAUUGUGCUUAUCGUGUAGCUGGUUCAUUGUUUUUGUCUUGAGCUAUUUCUGUGGAAUGUCCAUGACAGUAUGUUUGCGUAUAAAAAAUAGAGUGGUGGUAUAUUAGUAACUGUUCAAUCUUAAUCGGAAUUAGAUAAGAGCAUAGAGUUAGACAAGUUAGCGAAACGUGCUUUAUAUUUUUCUGUUGUAUAUUGGAUAUUAAUAUUUAAUAUAAUUUCUAAUAACUCUAGGUUAUUGAAUAAAUUACCUAGGACAUCUACAAUUAAAUUUGAUUCAAUGACUGCUUUUGUUCUGAGUUUAUUUUCUUCUAAUUAACCAUUUCAAUUGGUUACCCAGAAUUUUGUCUUCCGAAAAUUAUCGUUCUCAGCACUUUUCUAUCCUACCCACAAUUUUGAAUCAUUGGAUACAAAAAAAUUGUGAUGAACAAUAAACUGGACCACAUAUAAACGAAUCAAUCACUGUGGUGCGCUUUUAAAGGCAAGAAGUUGUCGUUGCCCAAACUACUGUGCAACAAGUAACAGAUCGCUAUGCAUCCUUCUUUAACUUAACUAGUCCGACUCUAACUAUACCACCAACAAUCAUACUGCGAAAAAUUUUUCUGUUAACUUGGUUUUCUUAUGAAUAACCUGUGUCGUAAAUGUUUUAUGUAAUUUUUAAAAAAUUUCAUUGAUGUGGCUUUGCGAGUAAGUUUCUAAUUAUCCCAGUGAAUUGAGAGUACUUAAUUUGAGUAUUAAUGUAUUUUUUUUGCGUAAUAAGAGGAACGUUUUAUGCAAUGAUGCUAAUUUUUAAGGACAAAUACAAGUAUUUUUAAACGAAACUAAUGUAUUAUUUAUUACGGAAAGGAUGAAAAAGUUUUUACAGCAGCUGUAAAUGCAAGUUAGUAAAGACUUUUAUCAAACAAACUUAAAAACAAGAAC